CUUGAUUGUAUUGUACUGUACGUACAGGCAGUAUUCCGUACUCCGUCAUUAUAUUGCGCUUGAAUCUGAGCUAUGCCCGAGCCAGUCCUGGAAAAGAAAGGGAACGAUUCUGGUGGCCUCGACUACAAGGCCAAGCUGGACGAGGCUGCGGAUCGAGUGAAGAAACAAGCUCGGGAAGAACAGAGUCCGGGCACCGUAUCUAAGGUGUCCCAAUACGUCCCGGCACUGGGGGCAAUGCUCAGGGCCAGCAGAAGGAUCCCGGUGGUGAGCCAUCAACAGCAGAGGCCGCACCGGGACCGCCCAAACGGCCCGAUCAUGACACGCAGAUCGAGGAGUUUCUGAAGGACCAGCAUGGUAGCAAGAAGAUAAUUGGGUUGGACGAGCAAACACAGGCAUGACACAGGCAUAGAACGAGACCGAUAAUAAAGCAAGGCAAUUGUUACCCAAAAUGAGAACGUGAGCCCCCCUUGGGUUGCCCGUCGAAUUGAGGGAAUGAUAGUGGCU